CGUGAGCUUCUCAACCCAUACGUCCAACUAUGCUUUUUUGCUGCACCGCUUUCUUCGAGCAAACUCUCAAACUCAGACCAAAUGGCUGAAGUCCCGGCGAUUGACCUCAGCUAUGGUCAUUUCGGUACACCAUUCUACGAUCAAGAGAAGAAGCAAUGGCUUUUUCCGAGACUGCCUAAAAAACACCAAAUACUAAAGUCUUUAACCUCAUCAACCAUAUUUAGCUCAACAGACACUCACGAUGCCGAGUCUGAAAUCCUGGAAACUAUCAAGGAAAAACCAUUGUACCACAGCAUCAAAACAUUGGCCCUGCAUAAUCCAGAUCUAGUCCCUGCUCUCGAGCCCCUCCCCGAACUCUCGAAAGUCUCAGCAUCUAUAGUCUCUGUUAUAUCCAACUAUGACCCCGCUGUUGGAGACAUCCUCGCUUUCGGCCACAUCACGGACAUCGACGUACAAGACACAGGGAAAUUUCGGAUUGCAGCCAUGCCUUGCGGGGAAACAGGACAUAUGCUCCGUAUAGUACGGGUCCGUGAAGACCGGCAAGGAUGGGGGGAGGAUCAAGGCGUGUGGUUGAAUGUGUCUAGUCUUCACAAGGAGGACGGCUGGAGCGGCUGGUGGCCGGGAGAGGGCGCCUCUAUCCGACAAAUCUGUUUUGGAGACUCAAGCCAAAGUGGCUCAUUCAUGGCAGCACGUAUGCCAGCAAAGACUGUCCUUUUUCGCCCUUUUCUCCGCUGGUCGCCGAUAGAGACGAGACUUUCAGAGACCCAUCGUUUGCCUCCCUCGAGGCUUGAUCCACAUCCAAUCUUAGAUAUCCCGUUCGCACGUACUGGUGGCUCUCCUCAUGCCGAUGUGUCUUUUAAUCCAUGGUAUCGUCGACAACUCGCCUUUGUUGAUGAAAAGGGAAACUGGAGUGUGUGGGAGUUAGUAGGUCAGGAUCGCAGAAGGGUAGAUUACGAUAUAUCAUGCUCUUACACGGGUACGAUUAUACCUCCAACCCCGGAAGAUCCCAUCUCAGACGUGCCUGGAGCUACUCAGGCAUCGGAGGACGGGUGGGCAAGGAUACUAUGGAUAGGCAAUGUCAAUACCAUUGUUGUCUGUAACAGGAGGCAGAUGGGUGUAUUCGAUAUCAGUGGCGAAACCAAAGAAGCGAAGCGUUUGAGUUGCCCGGACUUUGGGCUCGCACGCACCUCGUCUUGGAUUCUAGAUGUCCAAAGGAGCCAACAAAAUCAGAAGAGAUUCUUCGUUCUAACGUCGACGAUGUUAUAUCUCGUGGAGGUCAGGUCGGCAGCUGAGGACACUGACUAUGGUCUACAAGAGUCUGAAGCCGCCGUAAUUCUAUCUUGGAGACAUUUUCGGGGGGCCGAGGAUUUAACUUUACAGAUCCGCUUGUCCAAUAGCGAGCUAGAAGAAACGAGAAUCUUCAUCUUUUCGCGAUUAAACAGUCUUAUCUCAGUUCUACAAUGCUCCGAAUCGGCAGACGCAUCUUCUUCGCUACCCAGUUCAUCGUUGGCACCAACCCAAUUGAGACUCCCUAGCUUUUUGGUCCGGGAUUUAGAAUCAGGGAAACGCAUUUCUUCGCUAGAUGUAGAGUACUGUCUAUUUGGUCAGAGUGAAAAGCAGGGUGACGGCCCCGGACGCACCUACAUCAGAAACGACGAUGUCUUCUUCUACAGCAUCACUGUCAUUUUGAACGAUCUUAGUGUUCACCAGAUCCUCAUCCAUUCACAAAGGGCAGAAGACCAGGGUGAAACAGGCAUUGUCGUCAAGCAUCCUUCCUGGCGUAAAAAGGGCCACAGUCUUGCUCAACUCAAGAAGAGUGUUAACUACGUCACUGAAAACGAGAAGGACGAUUUCAUUGUGCCCGAUGGAAUACUCUAUAAUCCUGAUAUCAGUGGAAGUAAAAUCAGUGGCUCAAUCACCGAUCGUUCGAGGACAAGGGCAGCUCUCUCACGAUCGCUGAAAUGGACCGAUAAUGAUCCUUGGUCCGUUAGUAACGAGUUUAUGUAUAAUGAAUUGCGAGAACUUGGCAUGUAUCCAGACCGUGAGGGCAUUCCAGGAGUCGACAUCGUAAGCCUCCUGGAGCGGAUUAGAAAUCAACUAGAUGAAGACGAUACUGUUCGAGCUGAACCAUUUGGCACGUUGUUCGAUCUUAUUCAAUCCCCAAUUCAAGUCGCCGACAUUGACGCAAUCUCAUCUAAGUUUGACGAGUUGUUCCAAGCAACGCUUCGCAAAAACGAACCCGAUCAACCGCAGUUAGAGAUACGCACUGCACCCUGGCUAUUGAAGAACAUGGCACCUGAUUCGAAUGCUGGUCUUUCCAUAGCGUCAGUCUAUGAUGAACUACUUCGUACCUACAUCGCACCCCUACCCCGAAACAUCCCCAUUCGGAUUCGACAAGUGAAGGAGAGGGUUGCUCGUCUCAUAUCUACAGAGGUGUUGCUUGCAAGUUCUAGGCUCCGUAUCGUGGACUCGCCGCCAUCGAAACCGGAAGACUCACAGCCUAAAUCACAAGAAACGGCCGGAUUUGCGUUACCUGUGAGGCCUUCAGGUAAAGGGAAGGAGAAAGAGUCUGAACCACCAAGCUGGAAUACGCGUCCUAGCUCUAGCAACCCGAUAUCAUCGCUUCCCACUCCAGAGACAACUCCAUCGGUCGCCUCUGGUUCUACUUUCACCUCGAGCUCCCAAGGCUCUGGCGACAAUCCAAUCACACGUCUCAGGCAACAUGUACAAAUCACCAAACCACAAAGGCUUACGCAAUCUGAGCAUAGUGCCGGCAGCCAGGUCCUGUUGCACUGGAGAAACCAUUUUGGCCAAGACCCCGCCAACUACGACUGGGAAGCUACCACCAAAGCAAUCAGAGAGACUAUGUCAAUCAACGAGGACGAAGGCAUGUCUGAACCACAACGUGCUAGGAUACGACGAAAGGCAGAACGUCAUCUCAAGAGGCAGCGUCGAGAAACGGCAGUAGCGGAUGCCGCAUCCUCUAUGCCUCCUUUCUCAACUUCGGAGUCACAACCUUUUGCGACGUCUGAGUCGGUGCCGCUGCGAAGUUCGCCUGGUCCGUUCAGGCAGGAUCAUAGCCAAUCUACACAGGCGAACUCGCAACCUGCAUUAGCAAGUCAGGUCGAGCGAGGUGUCUUUGGUGGCAGGCCUGAGGCUAAGAAAGCCAAGAAGAAGAACAAAGGCGGGAAACUUCCUGGGUUUAGAUGAUGUCGGAAUUCAUUAUAAUAUCCACGCGAGGGAUGGGUAUGGGGAGCGAUGAGAGAAUGAGAAGAAGCAGGGGAGGAAGAAGUGCAAUAAUUGACUUUAGCGCAGUCUAAUUAAUAAGAGCUACAUGGAAUACUAUGUCUUGCG